AUGGGUGGGGCUGGAGACACGUGUUCCCAGCCGCGCCCACGGGAAUCGUUUAUUUGCGGCCGGAAUUCUUUCUUAGGAAUUCCGAAACCUAUCAUAGGACCUCAUUGGAAUGUCGCACUAAUUAUAGGAAUUAAAAAAAUUCAGGGAAACCAAUUAUUAGCCAUGGGUGGGGCUGGAGACACGUGUUCCCAGCCGCGUCCACGGGAAUCGUUUAUUUGCGGCCGGAAUUCUUUCGUAGGAAUUCCGAAACCUAUCAUAGGACCUCAUAGGAAUGUCGCACUAAUUAUAGGAAUAAAAAAAAUUCAGGGAAACCAAUUAUUGGCCAUGGGUAAGGGUUGGAGACACGUGUUCCCAGCCGCAACCAUGGGAAUCGUUUAUUUGCGGCCGGAAUUCUUUCGUAGGAAUUCCGAAAACUAUCAUAGGAAUGUCGCACUAAUUAUAGGAAUAAAAAAAAUUCAGGGAAACCAAUUAUGA